GUGUUGUUUAAUAAAUAAUGAAAGCCAUACUACCCUACAGCUUCUGCUUACUUUCGGAAUCUAAUCUCCCGUGUCGUUCAGCAAGAUACGCGAUUGCUGCCGCUCGUUCUGCCUAAAAGCUGCUGCUCUACGACGGUGAACCUGGACGUGAAAUCGCAAUGUCCACAGCAACUGCCAGAUAUUGACCUUGGGCAGUCUCGCGGUUGGUCCAUCGGAUCUUCUUCGUCAUCGUCGUCGCCGUCUUUUGGAGUGGAGUUGUGUUUUGAUACCGAAAACGUGCAUUCGAGCUAGAGCAUUCCAUCGUUGACUGUGUAGUGGCUCUUGAUAUUGUUUUGCUACGUUUAUUUGGUCAUCUCAAGGUCCAUGGAAAAAAGUGCAAUAGGCAGAUACUUUCUCAACCGUGCGUGGAUCGUCAGAGUGCCUUUCCAAAUGAUUUGGAAUUUAUUUUUGAUGGAAUAACAAAUCCUUAACGGUGUGUGAAUGAAUGGAAACGAUGAGAUUGGAAUCGGACAGUUGGAGUAGUGGUUGCUAGAGGUCUUUUUUUUUCGGUAUUACAUUGUUUUGUUUUCGUUGAAUUGGAUUGUUAGUAGUGCUUUUGCUAUAUCGAGUGAACGUUGUGGAUCGACGAGCGACGACGUGCGGCGCAAUCGGUUUACGAUGUCAACGUUCUUCACCACCAACCGGCACGGUUACAGCGUCCGUUUCUCCCCCUUCAACCCGGACCAGUUCGUGGUGGCAUCCAGUCAGUUCUAUGGGCUGGCCGGUGGAGGAACCCUCUACUUCCUGGAACUGUCCCCGGACGAUAAUUCAAUCGUUGAAAAGCGAACCCAUCACUGGACUGACGGACUGUUUGAUGUGACAUGGUCCGAAUCGAACCAGGAGAUUGUGGUGUCCGGUUCCGGGGAUGGAAGUGUUCAACUGUGGAAUACCAGUGUGAGUGCCAACAACGGAGCUCCGCACAUGGUCUACCGGGAACACAAGAAGGAAAUCUACAGCGUCGACUGGAGCAAGGUGCCCUACGAACAGCUGUUCAUCAGUGCCAGCUGGGACAGCACCGUAAAGAUCUGGGAUCCAAUACGGAAUCAUUCGCUCAGUACCUACAUUGGGCAUACGCAGCUAGUCUACAAUGCCGUAUUUGCGUCGCAUAUUCCCAACACAUUUGCCAGUGUGAGCGGCGAUGGUAUGCUGAAGAUUUGGGAUAUCUUAUGCUAUGAUCUACCGAUAGCAAGCAUCAAGGCUCAUGAGGGAGAGGUCCUAACAGUGGACUGGUGCAAGCACGAUUCCAACGUCUUGGCAACGGGUGCUUCGGAUGGUCUCAUCCGAAUAUGGGAUCUACGCAACUUUGGUAUUCCGAUAGCCGAACUCAAGGGCAACGAGUUUGCCGUAAGAAAAGUACAAUUCUCACCACACAAUCUGUCGGUAUUGGCCAGCGUGGGUUAUGAUUUCACUACGCGAAUCUGGGACUUUAAGAAGACCAACGAAGCCAUGGAAACAAUCAAGCAUCAUUCGGAGUUCACCUACGGAUUGGACUGGAACCGGAGACGACCAAAUCAGCUUGCCGACUGUGGCUGGGACUCGUUGGUGCAUGUUUUCAAACCGGACUGCUUGGCGGAGAAGAUCUAAUGCCGAACGCACCGUGCCACGCCAGGCAAGGUUUUUAAUAUUGAUGAGGAACGGUUUUAACCCAAUCUAUAGAUUCGAGAAUGCGACAAAACGGUAAACCAAAUUGUGAUUUAGGAAUUAAGUAGUCUAAAAACGAACAACUAUUGGACAUAUUAUUGAACUAUUUUAGCAAAAAUGAAAAUUGCUAUCCGGGCAGGUACAUAAUUGUAAUAUAGAUGAACAAAGAGGAAAACAAACAAACUAUCGGUUAAUGUAAAAACAAAAAUUAGAUGUUUUGGUCACUCGGUGUAAAAUGGAAGCAAAAUUUAAAACCGUGUCAUAUGGGGGUAAUAUGGGUUUGUGAUGGUAUGCCAAAAAUAGUCGUAAGGAGAUUCGAGUCACUUUAAGUUAUAAGGGCGAUGGUUUAUAUUAAACUGUAAGAUUGUUUUCUAUUUUAUUUACGUGUACGUACUUACAAGGUAUCAAUUAGUUGUAGUUAAAAGGUCAAAAUUAGCGAAAAUGUUUUCUAAGUUCAAACAAAAUUCUAAUGUUCUGGAAAUUAUUCGAUACUUCUGUUGUCAAAUGUAUUGUCCUUUGAAAAAAAAGUAUAGUUUAAAUAAAACUUGAUAUUUUACAUGUUUUGGCAAAUUUA